AUGGGGUUGAAGAAAUUCUUCAAGAUUAAGCCUCCAGAGGAUGCGACAUCUGAACAAAAUAAGGACACUUUGAUGGAAUUAGGUAUUAGCGUCAAAAAUCCAAAUAAGAAAAGAAAAGAAAAGUUUUCCGCUUAUGGUAAAUUCGCGAAUGAUAAAUCUGAAGAUAAGGUGUAUGCACCACCAGGUUAUGAACAGUACGCUAAGCCACGGGAUGAACUAGAGGAUUUGAAUGCCUCUCCCCUAGAUGCCAAUGGUAACGAAGCGACCGCUCAGCCUAGUCAAACUUCAACUGGCAUGGGACAACAAGGAGGCCUUGCAGAGUCUAAUUCUAUGCAGAAAGAUCCUUACGCUAUUGAAAACGAAGAUUACCGAUAUGACGAUGACCCCUAUGCAAGAUUUCAGGCGAAUAAGAGCAAUAGUGGGAGUAGCGCCAAUCCGUCGGCGUACGGUGGUUUUGGAGGAGGCUAUAACAGUGCACCUAUUAAUUCCUUCAACAAUGGAGGCUCUUAUAGUAACCAAAGUGCAGGAAAUAGUUGGUCCAGUGGAAAUGUCAGCAACAAUCAAAACCGAACAAAUGAUAAUUUUAAUCCAAGACAAGCGCAGCAGAAACAAUCUCCCGUUUCAGUGUCACGGAAACCUCCAAUGGCGGACCAGAGGGGCUACUCAUCAAACCCUACGCAAGAGAGAAGAAAUCCUUAUGCUGAUACGAAUAGUUCCGGUGGUGGAUAUGACGUUAMUACUAACAAAACUGGUAGUAGCCGAAAUGGAAGUGCCACGAAUUCAAAUCCAUACGCUUCUAUGACAAACGAUCUUUACAGCAAUACCAACCCAAACAGGUCUACAAAUCCAUACUCCAGAAGAAACAAUAGUCAACCGCAAUCGCAGCCCGCACCAAUGACUUACACCCCAUCAUUUGUUGCCGCCAAUGAAGCAGAAACAAAAACUGAAGUUGACCUAAACGACGCACCUAGAGGGGGUGAGUUCGACUUUGAAGAUGCCUAUGCAGACAAAUCUGCAGAAAACAGGGUGGCAUUAGAUGAGCCCGAUUUGAAUGCAGUAAUAACAAAUGAUGAUUCUGUAGAUUUAAAUGCAUCUGAAGUAGAUCAACGUUCAAGACAGCAACAACAGCAACAACAGUGGUUCAUGGAUGAGCAACAGCAACAGCAACAAGACCUCAAUGCAACUACUGGCCAGUAUGAAGAUCAGAGAGGCUAUAAGACAUUCGAAGAUAUACAAAAAGAAGAGGAAGCUCGCCAACAACAGGAAGAAGAUGAGGCUGUGGAUGAAAUCAAGCAAGAGAUCAAGUUUACCAAACAAAGUUCUGUCGCUUCUACUAGAAACACACUAAAAAUGGCGCAAGACGCCGAGAGAGCUGGUAUGAACACACUGGGUAUGCUAGGUCACCAAAGUGAACAGUUGAACAGUGUGGAGGGAAAUCUAGAUUUGAUGAAAGUACAAAACAAGGUGGCCGACGAAAAAGUUGCCGAAUUAAAGAAGUUGAAUCGUAGUAUACUUGCCGUUCAUGUUUCUAAUCCGUUCAAUUCUAAAAGAAGGAGAAGAGAAAGAGAAGAGCAAUUGAAGAACAGGAAAAUUGAAGAAAAAUUGAUGAGAGAACAAACAAAUCAACAAAUCUCAAGGUCCACUCAAAGAAUAGAGGGUGCUAUGAAUGCAAAUGGUAAUACUAGUGAAGUACGUGAGAGAUACCAAAGACAGAAUAUUUUAGAAAAGGCGAAAAGAUAUCAAUUUGAAGAUGAUGAAGAAGAUGACGAAAUGGAAUUAGAAAUUGAUAGAAAUUUGGACCAAAUCCAACAAGUUAGUAAUCGUUUAAAGAAGAUGGCUUUGACCACUGGUCAAGAAUUAGACUCUCAGCAAAAACGUCUCAAUAACAUUGAGGAGGGUACUGAUGAUUUAGAUAUCAAUCUUCACAUGAAUACCAACAGGUUGGCCGGUAUCAGAUAG